CAGCGAAUUGCCGCGCACCUCCGUGUGACGCAUCCACCCAUCAGCUGUUUUUGUUUUGCUGUGUGAAUAUUGAAGUUAUAACACAAUAACAACACUGCUGACCUCCUAAAGUGAAAGGAGUUCAUCAGGAGGUGUUCUGUUUUCCCUUUUGUCCGUUCGGGGGUCGGUGUGGGCAGCUCGGCGCCUCUCCAUGUGUGCCUUCUGAGCUCGUCCGUCCCGGACAUUCCUCUCUCCCCUGAAGAAGAGUGCGAGCGUGGCGCUUGGAGUCGGGGAGCUGCGGAGGAGGGGAAGCGAGUUCCGGCGGGGAUCGACCCGAGCCCAAAAGGCCUCGAUCCGACCUCGGACUGUCGAGAGGAGAGAGGCGAAUCUUUGGCGGCUCGGAUGGAGUCCCAGGACGCACCGGACGGCCCCGAAGCGCACCGAGGCUUCAUCUGUGCCUCGUUUAACCAGGACACCACGUCUCUGUCAGUCGGCACCAAGACUGGCUACCGGCUCUUCUCUGUAACUGCGGUGGACAAACUAGACUGCAUCCAUGAAGGAGUGGAGUGUCCAGAUGUGUAUAUAGUGGAGCGGUUAUUCUCCAGUAGUCUGGUGGUGGUGGUCAGUCUGUCCAUGCCUCGGCGUAUGAACGUUUACCAUUUCAAGAAGGGGACUGAGAUCUGUAACUACAGCUACUCCAACAACAUCCUCUCCGUCAGGCUCAACAGACAGCGGCUGGUCGUGUGCUUGGAGGAGUCGAUCUACAUCCACAACAUCAAAGACAUGAAACUACUCAAAACCUUGCUCAACACACCUACCAACCCCUCAGGUCUCUGUGCCCUCUCUGUCAACCACAGUAACUCCUACCUGGUGUAUCCUGGCAGCGCCACCAUCGGAGAGAUUACAGUCUAUGAUGCCAACAACCUGAGCACGGUAACUCUGAUCCAAGCCCACGACAGCCCACUGGCAGCGCUAACCUUCAACGCAUCUGGCACCAAACUGGCUAGUGCUUCAGAAAAGGGUACUGUUAUUAGAGUCUUCAGCAUCCCUGAAGGACAGAAGCUCUUUGAAUUUCGCCGCGGGAUGAAGAGAUACGUGAGCAUCAGUUCAUUGUCCUUCAGUGCGGAUACUCAGUUCCUAUGUGCAUCCAGCAACACAGAGACAGUCCAUAUCUUUAAACUGGAACAGCAUAGUCCCAGUCAAGACGAGGAAUCUCCUACAUGGUCAACAUAUGUGGGCAAAAUGUUCACAGCAGCCAGUACCUACUUACCCACUCAGGUGUCUGACAUGAUGCAUCAGGACCGAGCCUUCGCCACAGUUCGACUCAACAUGUUCGGCCUGAAGAACAUCUGCGCACUGGCUAUGAUUCAGAAGCUCCCUCGUCUGCUGGUGGCUUCAUCAAAUGGGUAUCUCUACAUUUAUAAUGUGGAUCCACAGGAUGGAGGAGAGUGUGUCCUGGUCCAAAAACACAGGUUGUUUGACAGUAGUGAGGACCAGGUGGAGCAGAAAGAAGAGGAGGACCCAGAGGAUGUUUCACUGCCACCAACCAGCCAAUCAUACGCUGCCACUGUGGCUCUCCCGUCAACUCCACCCUCCUCCACCACUCUCAUGGGAUACUCUGAGGACGGAGGAGCCCAAAAGGGGGAGGUCAUCCCAGAGCACGAGUUCGCCGAGGGCCCUGUUUGUCUGGAUGACGAGAAUGAGUUUCCUCCUGUCGGUAAUCAGAGUUAACUGACCAAACCUUCCCAAGAACGCCCGUUUCCCCCAAAAUCCCUGAACCCUGCAAAAUGAUCAGACUUGUUUCGGGCGGGGAGGAUGGACAGAAAUAUUCCUGAAGUGAUGAAAUCAUGCAGCACCCCCUCAGCCACCAACAUGUACCCCUGCAGGCCUAGGGUCAAAUUUACCAGAGUGUUACCUUCUGGUGUUUCUGUAUUAUGUGUCCCUCUCACCUUUUGUAAGGAAUAAAUUAAAAAUAUACUAAAAAAACAAAAAAACUAGUGGAAGAUCCACUCAUGAUUAAAACAUUCAGAACAUCUCAAGCUCUUUGCUUAGACAGACUUAAAGGCUGUCUGAAGAGUCCCAAUGAUAACUACCUAUUAUGCCAUAAAUACCAGUGUUAAAUACUUUUUUUUAAACUAAUGACUGCACAGCAAGAAACUCUGACAAUACCUGCACAUUAUCAUCAUGGUAGCUAGAAGAUUAACCUGUGAUUGGCCCAGCAGAUUAACAAGGGGUGGGUUUCAUGAAAAUAAACUCAGAAAAUGUGUUAAGAAGUGACCUGAGAAGUCGUUUUUGAACUUCUUAACAUGACUGUCCAGUUGGGCAAUAAUGUAAAGGGCUAGUGUGUAAGAUUGAGGGGAGUCCACGUGCAGAUAUAGAAUACAAUAUUUAUAAUUAUGGUUUCAUUUGUGUAUGAUCACGUGAAAAUGAAUGAGAGAGGUUCACUGUCUGACAUGUUUCAGCCAUAGCUCUUACAGUGUCUUACAUUCAGUGUUGAGGUGCAUUACUGUCAUCUACUAUGUUUUAAUAGCAUUAGCUUCAUAGCAUAAUUGUCUAAGUCAUUUUUGGCCAAAUUGUGAUGUCUACGUAACUGUACUCUCCUAGCACUGAGGCUUCUUUUUAUGCAGAUAUCACAAUUGGACAAAAAUAAGACUUUUGCUAUGAGGCUAACAAUAUGGACCAGAGUUAAUACUCCCAUAAUGAAAAAACAAAAGAACAGACAAAACAAAUACCUGGAGGUCUGUAGAUGAAUGUGGUUGUAAGCUGAAACGUCACUGACAGAAGUUUCUGAAUAUCACAUACUGAACAGUUAAAGUUACAGUCAGUGUGUUUUUUGUCCAUUCUGGAAAUUGAAACUCUGGACCAGACUCAAAUACACUAGUUAACAGUAUUCAUCUUAAUACUAGAUGGCACCUUCUAUAAAACAUUAAAAUGGAGAAGAGGAAAUCCAUCUGAAAAAUAAUAUAAUUAUCAUUUCUGUGUGAUAAUACACUAAUGAAAACAUUAUUAUGAAUAUUUUAUUCAGUUUCUGCAAUCCUAAAUCUCCCCAAAUCUGACAUGCUAGACCUUUAAAGCACACAUUAAUCUCUGAAGAAUUUACGUUUUCUAUCUUCUAUCAUCAGUUUUGUGAGUCACAAAGGAGUAAAUUACAAAUCAACGGGCAUUAAAUGCAUCACACCUCAAGACAGAGCAACAGUAGUUAAAAUAAAAAAGGAGAAGAUUUAGUGUUACACUAUUUAAGUAAUGGUACAUGCAGUAAGUAUUAUAUGACAUACAGAUGCAGUCGUCAUACUAAUUUUGUUAGUGUUUGAGGAUGAAGCUAAAAACCUGCAGAGUCACAACCUGAUAAUCUACUGGGGAGUGUUGUCUCUGUGGGAGGAGCAGCCAUGUGCUAAAUGUGAACUGAUGAUGAUGAGCUGUAUGUGACAAUGCUACAUGUCCUUGAAUUUCAGUAAUAUUUUGAAUAUGCUAACAUGUAAGUCAUAGUCAUUUUUACUUUGAUGUAUUAAAUUUUUAAGGGGGUUAACGCUUUAAGUGUUACACAUCAACACAUUGACUUACCAUCCAUCAUUAUGUUUUAAAAAUUUUUACUGUGGGUAUAAUGUAUAUAUAACAUUUAUAUAUAGUACUGUUGAAAUGAGUAACAUGGUAAUGUAACUGAUUUGCCAAAAGAUGGUGCUGUUAGGACGCCUCUAUGCUGCGUUGAGCUGUUCCAUGGAUAUUUACACCAGAUACUCAUUAAAGCUGAUAAGUACAUUCAA